AUGGAGAGUUCAACUCAUCCCCAAAACCCCAACACAAUGACUUCCAUGUAUUCUUCUUCUCUUGAAGCACUUCAGCUUCCUUUUGAAAAUCUGCAUCUUUUCGACAAUUCGUCUUUGUCUUUGAAUGCUUCUUCAACUGGCGUUUUCCCUGAUCCUCAACGGAACCAUGGUUUAGGUUUUUCAAGGGUUGGGAGUUUUCGGUCUUGUUUGGAUUACUUCACCGGAGAAUCUAUGAAUCUGGGUUCUUCCAUGUUCGAUGACGUUAAUUCUAAUGUAAGCCCUGGGUUUCAACCUAUCUUCAGUUUGGGUUCAGAGUAUUCUUAUGGUUACAGUAAUUGGGUUAUUGAUAUGGCAAAGACUGAAGAGGGAUCAAAAGAUCUCCAGAAAUUGUUAUCUAAUUCAACAAAUAACAAUAUGAUAUUUAGUUGGGUUUUCGACUUCAUAGUCGAGUUGAUGAUCGAUCAAUCCGGUCGCUAUUUAUUCCAAAAAUUGAUCGAAUCUGCAGACGAAACCCAGUUGCAAAUGAUACUGGAAAAGCUAUUAGUUCCUCACAAUUACAUUUACUAUGCAUCACUUCUCAAAUAUGGAAGCUGUUCAAUCAAGAAAUUGAUCACUGUUCUUGAGAAAUCACCAUUGAUUACUUGUGUCAUUAAAGCUUUGAGUGACAAAUUCGAAAAACUGAUGAUGGAUCCGAUCGGACACUAUGUGAUAUUCGAGUGCCUCGAUGUUCUCGAUUCUCAGACUAACGAUCCGUUAAACAUUCAAGCGAUGAAACAUUGUUUGGAACUCGUUAGACACGAGCAAGGAUCAGUGUCGAUGAGCGGGUUUGUGACCCGAAUCAAAGGACCGCGACGAGAUCAACUGCUGAAAUUGAUAAGUAGGAAUUCGGCAUUCCUAGCACAAGAUCCCACAGGGAACUAUGUUGUCCAAUGUGUGAUACGACUCCAAAACCCUGCGAUGAAUGACCAAAUAUUCAGGAAUUUGGAAGGCUACUAUGUGAAAUUGUCGACAACGAAAACCAGAAGUUAUGUGGUGGAGCACUGCUUGCUAUCGUCAGGGUUGGAUCGGGUGAUAAACGAGCUUCUUCGAAGUGAUCGAUUUGUUUCGGUCGCGAAAGAUCGGUAUGGAAACUAUGUUGUUCAAACAGCUUUGAAAGAGAGUAAGAAAAGGGAAAUUUCACUUCAUGGAAGUCUUGUUGUGAAACUGGAACAACAUUUGAAGUGUCUGCAACAUGGAUAUGGAAGAAAUGUUGUGUCAGUGUUGAGAUGCCUGCAGUAA